AUGGCAGAAGAAACUGGCCCCCAACGACGUGGCCCGUGGGCUCAACACGAGGACAAAAUUCUCAUGAGUCUUGUUGGAAAUGUUGGUGCCCUGAACUGGGUCCGCAUUGCGGGCGUGAUUGGCUCCCGAACUCCCAAGCAAUGUCGCGAACGCUACCAUCAGAAUCUGAAGCCAUCUCUGAACCACGAGCCCAUCACCGCGGAGGAAGGUGCUCAAAUUGAGAAACUGGUUGCGGAAAUCGGCAAGAAAUGGGCAGAGAUUGCCCGGCGACUACCCGGUCGCAGUGACAAUGCCGUCAAAAACUGGUGGAACGGCAGCCAGAACCGCCGCAGGAGAACUGAGCGCCGUCGUACUACGCACACUGCCACUCAUGAAGAGUACUAUUCCCAACCAAGGCCAAUGGGAGGUGCGCCCCUUGCACUCCCUCCCCCGAAUCGCAUGCAGUCUCCUAUGGAGCAUCACCGUCAACAAGGUCCUUGGCCAGAAGCCCAUCUGCCGUCGCCUGUUGCAUCAGAGUCGCCCGACGUUGAGGGCUAUCACUAUACAACAUCUCCUGCUCGAACAACCGCCUUACCACGUCGACACAUUGAGCUGCCGCCGCUGAGAACACUGCCUCAUGGACCUCUCGGGCACCACCACGGCGGCUCCGCGCCCAGCGGUCCUCUACCGAGCUUGAAUUACUUCACUCAACACGCAGGUAACAAGGAUGCGCACAGGCGACAACAUCUACCCACGGCACCUAACUCCCCAAAUCAAAACCAAGAGGCAUCCGACAAGGGCAGGUCGAAAAUGUCCGUCUCCGCUCUCUUGCACUGA